AUGCCAGUGAUAGAAAUUGGUGGUGCUCUUUUUGGUGCUGUCCUUCAGGUGCUGUUUGACAAGCUUGAUUCUCGUCAAGUUCUGGACUACUUUCGUAGAAGAAAGUUCGACGAGAAGCUCCUGAAGAAGUUGAAGAGGAAACUGGUAUCCAUUAAUGCCGGGGUUGAUGAUGCAGAAAAAAAGCAGUUCAGAAAUGCCUAUGUGAAAGCAUGGCUUGAUGAGGUAAGAGACGUGUUGCUUGAUACAGAGGAUUUGAUGGAUGAAAUAUACUAUGAAUUCUCCAGAUAUGGGUUGGAAGUUGAAUCCCAUAGCAGUUCUAGUCAGGUAUGUAUUUUUAUAUCUAGGAUUAAAGAAGUCCUUGAUGACCUAGAAUGUCUACUAAACCAAAUGGAUGAUCUAGGUUUGAAAAAUGCUAGCGGGGUAGGGGUUGGGUUAGGGUUGAAUAGUAAUGUGUCACAGAAAUUGCCAUCAACAUCUUUGGUGGUUGAAAAUAUUAUUUAUGGAAGAGAUGAUGAAAAAGAAAUGAUCCUCAAAUGGAUGACUUCAGACACUGAAAAGCAUAGCUGGCCUCACAAUAGCCAACUAUCUAUACUGUCUGUCGUGGGUAUGGGUGGGUUGGGUAAGACAACACUUGCUCAACAUGUGUACAAUGACCCAAGGAUAGAGGGUAAAUUUGCUAUCAAAGGUUGGGUUUAUGUUUCAGAUGAAUUUGAUGUUUUAAUGUUGACAAAAACAAUUUUUGGGGUACUCACGAAAUCAAAAGAUGAUAGUGUAGACCUAGAAAUGGUUCAAGGAAGAUUGAAAGAAAAACUGACAGGAAGGAGGUUUCUUGUCGUUCUGGAUGAUGUUUGGAACGAAGACCGAGCCCAGUGGAAAGCUUUGCAAACUCCUCUCAAUUAUGGGGCUAAGGGAAGUAAAAUUCUUGUCACCACACGCAGUAACAGAGUUGCUUCUAUCGUGCAAUCAAAUAAACUACAUGAACUGAAGCAAUUAGGUGGAGAUCACAGCUGGCAAGUUUUUGCUAAACAUGCAUUCCAAGAUGAUAAUUCCCAGAUGAAUGCUGAGGUGAAAGAGAUUGGUACAAAGAUAGUUGAAAAGUGCAGAGGAUUGCCUCUAGCCUUGGAAACAGUUGGAUGUCUUUUACGCUCAAAGUCUUCUGUUGCAGAAUGGAAAAGUGUAUUGUCAAGCGAGAUAUGGGACUUCCCUGAAGAAGAUAGCAAAAUCAUCCCUGCCCUAUUGUUGAGUUAUUACCAUCUUCCUUCCUAUCUCAAGAGAUGUUUCUCUUACUGUGCCAUGUUUCCUAAAGAUCAUGAAUUUGACAAGAAGAAUUUAAUUCAGUUAUGGAUGGCUGAAAAUUUUCUUCAACGCUCUCAACAGAGUAAGUCUCAGGAAGAAGUUGGCGAACAUUACUUCAAUGUUCUAUUAUCAAGGUGCUUCUUUCAACAAUCCAGUGAAGGCUUCAAAUCAUGUUUUGUCAUGCAUGACCUUCUUAACGAUUUGGCAAAAUAUGUUUCUGGUGACAUCUGUUUCAGGUUUGGAAUUGAUAGAGCAAAGAGAACACUGAAGGAAACACGCCACUUUUCAUUUGUUAUUGAUGACUAUGGAGUAUCAUGUAAUGAGUACGAGAAUUUAUAUGAUGCAAAAGGGCUACGGACAUUUUUGCCUGUAACUAGGAUAUCUUAUUGGUCUUGGUAUUGUGAGACUUUGACGCUUGAGUUGAUAUUUAAGUUGAAGUGCUUACACGUUUUAUCUUUUUGUGGUUGUGUUAACCUUAAAGAGGUACCUGAAACUAUAGGCAAUCUUAUACAUCUCCGGUUUUUAGACCUCUCAAAUACUGGAAUUCAAAAGCUGCCCGACACAAUGUGUUCACUAUGUAACUUACAAACAUUGAAGCUGAACAGUUGUGUGAAUUUGAAGGAGCUGCCCUGUAAUUUACAUAAACUAACCAAUUUGUGUUGUCUUGAACUUAUGAAAAACAGUCUGACAAAGAUGCCAAUGCAUAUAGGAAAACUGAAGAAUCUUGAAAUAUUCAUGAGUCCUUUCAAUGUUGGCAAAAGUAGUGAGCUAUGUAUCCAACAGUUAGGAGAACUCAGUCUUCAUGGAGAUCUAUUAAUUAAGGAUCUGCAGAACACUGUGAAUCCCAUGGAUGCAUUGGCAGCAGAUUUGAAGAGUAAAACAUGUCUGGUACGGUUAAAUUUGCACUGGGAUUUGGAGCAGAACCUUGUGAAUUUCAUGAAAGAAAGAGAAAUACUUGAGAAUUUGCAGCCUUCCAGACAUUUGGAGGAGUUGUCAAUCAGUGACUAUGGUGGCAUACAAUUUCCACAUUGGUUAUCUGAUAAUUCAUUAUCGAAUCUAGUGUCCUUAAGCUUGAUCAAUUGUAAACAUUGCCUGUUGUUGCCUUCCCUCGAAUUCUUGACAUUUCUUAGGCACCUGACAAUUAGUGGGCAUGAUUGGAUACGGACGAUAGAUGCUGAUUUUUACAGGAAUAGUUGUUCUGCAUUUGCAUCCUUGCAAACGUUAAACUUUGCUGAUAUGAAGGAAUGGGAAGAAUGGCAAUGUAGGACAGGUGAUUUUCAAAGUCUUUCUGUGACUAAUUGUCCCAAGCUGAAAGGACAAUUGCCAAAACAACUUUCUCAUUUAAGGAAACUAAUUAUUGAGGACUGCAAACAACUUGUGACUCUUGCUCCCAGGACCCUAGAAAUUUGUGAAUUACAACUGCGAGACUGUGGAAAGCUGCAAAUUGAUUAUAAUCCAACUACAUUGAAAAGGCUCCAGAUUGGAGGUGACAACAUGGAGGCAUCAUUACUUGAAAGGCUUGGCCAUAUCAUAUCGCAUGCUUCUCUUGAAUCCUUCACCAUUUUUUCUUGUCCGAAUAUGAAUAUUCCUAUCAACCAUUGCUUUGAUUUCCUUGAAAAAUUGCAUAUCGGUGGUGGUUGUGACUCUCUGACAAACUUUCCUCUAGAUUUCUUCCCAAAACUCUCUGAGCUUGAGUUAUCGGAGUGUCCUAACCUACAGAUGAUAACACAGGGGCACCCUCUUAAUCAUUUGAAGAUUCUGCGGAUUGGAAAGUGCUCUAGAUUUGAAUAUUUUCCCAAUGAAGGAUUAUUUGCCCGGAAGCUAGAGAGCUUUUAUAUUAUAGGAUUGGAGAAAUUGAAAUCAUUGCCUAAACGCAUGUCUGUGCUUCUUCCAUCUCUUAAUCUUCUGUAUAUAAAUAAUUGUCCAGAUGUGGAGGUUUCCGACGGAUGUUUGCCAUCAAAUCUAAGUGAAAUGUGUCUCUUCAAUUGCUCCAAACUUAUUGCCUCACUAAAGGGUCCUUGGGGAACCAACCCUUCCCUAAAAUCCUUGUCUAUUGGCAAAGUGGACGAGGACUGUUUUCCAAGUGACGGAUUGCUCCCACUCUCUGUUACUAAUCUAGAGAUAUAUGAUUGUCCAAAUCUUAAGAAACUGGAUUAUAGGGGUCUCUGUCACCUGCUCUCUCUUGAGAAAUUGUUUCUUUAUAAGUGUCCUAUACUCCAAUGCUUGCCAGAGGAGGGUCUGCCCAAAUCCAUUUCAAAACUUAGAGUUGAAGGCUGCCCGUUGAUCAAACAGCGCUGCAAGAAACAAGAAGGUGAAGACUGGCAAAAGAUUGCACACAUUAAAUACAUAAUGGUUGACAGAGAACGAGUGAACAUAUAAGACGAAACACAAGUUGGAAAUUACCAAUGCACCAAUUCUCAUGUGCCUAAAUUGUCGUCAGGUUCCAGUUCUCCACAAUCUUUGAAAUUUAGUGCAAAAUAUUCUAA